AUGCAAAGGUAUCAUGCUGCCAGCUGCACUAGUGCAGUUAACAACAGUGCUCUUGGUGGGUCAUCACUUAGGGAUACAUCCCGAUCUGACUCCUCUCCACUUCCAGCAAACUUCUCUUUGAAUCCCAGGCGGUCAUCACAGCUGAUACCAUACAAGUUACGUUGCGAUAAAGAUCCCUUGAAUUCUAGACUUGGACCUCCUGACUUUCUCCCUCCUACGCUAAAUUGUCCUGAGGAGACUCUCACCAGGGAAUAUGUGCAAUCUGGAUACAGGGAGACUGUUGAGGGACUUGAGGAAGCUAGGGAGAUCUCACUAUCACAGGUUCAAACUUUUACGAAGCCUAUUAUCCUAAAUUGCAAAGAGGCAAUCCGAAAAUGUCACAGGGCAAUCAACGAAUCUCGUGCCCAAAAGCGUAAGGCGGGUCAAGUUUAUGGAGUGCCUCUUUCUGGUACGUUAUUGACCAAGUCCGGCAUCUACCCUGAACAAAGGCCGUGUGUAGAAGACUUCCGGAAGAAAUGGAUUGAGGGUUUAUCACAGCACCAUAAACGUUUGCGUUCUUUGGCCGAUCAUGUUCCUCAUGGUUAUAGAAGGACGUCACUUUUUGAAGUUCUUAUUAGAAAUAAUGUUCCGCUACUGAGAGCCACUUGGUUUAUCAAAGUAACUUACCUCAAUCAGGUUCGGCCUGGAUCAUCCAGUGUAUCUUCUGGAGCUUCCGAUAAGACACACUUUACUCGUUCAGAGCAGUGGACAAAAGAUAUUAUCUAUUACUUGCAGUAUCUCCUGGAUGAAUUUAUUUCGCGAAAUAACUCCCAUUCUAAUGUACACAUUAGAGAUCGCUCACCACAAUUGGCCUAUGUUGGGUCUACACAGAACAAGAGUGAUCCAGCAGCAGCACUUGUCGAUGGUGAGGAGCCAUCCCUACAUUUUAAGUGGUGGUAUGUGGUGCGGAUUUUACAAUGGCACCAUGCAGAAGGGCUAGUUCUUCCUUCUGUCCUCAUAGAUUGGGUUCUUAACCAACUGCAGGAAAAAGAAUUGCUUGCGAUUUUCCAGUUGCUAUUACCAGUUAUUUAUGCUGUCAUCGAAACUGUUGUCUUAUCUCAGACCUAUGUAUGCUCUCUUGUAAGAAUAGCUGUUCGCUUCAUCCAAGAACCUUCUCCUGGUGGUUCUGAUCUCGUGGACAAUUCCCGGAGGGCAUACACCACCUCUGCUCUGGUUGAGAUGCUUCGGUAUUUGAUACAGGCGGUGCCUGAUGCUUUUGUUGGUUUGGAUUGCUUUCCUUUGCCAUCUUGUGUGGUAUCUCACGAGGUAAAUGAUGGGAAUCUCUCAUCAAAGGUAGCUGAGGAUGCUGUAAAGGUGAAAAAUGGUCAAGUAGAAGUUGGUUGUGUGCCUCGAUAUGAGGGGAUUCGAGUUCAAAGUCAGUCUGUGUCCCUUGGUCAUGUUUUUUCAUCAGUCCAGAAACGUGCUGAUAACCUUGCCAGGGCUGCCAAACCUGGCCAUCCAGGUCGCAAUAUGGCUAAAGCUGUACAGGCAUUGGAUAAGGCUCUUGUACAGGGUGAUGUGAGAAUGGCAUACAAAUUCCUCUUUGAAGAUCUAUGUGAUGGUAAUGUUGAUGAAAGUUGGACAGCAGAAGUCAGCCCACCCUUGUAUUCAUCACUCAAGUGGAUUGGUACCAUGAGCUUGUCAUUUGUUUGCUCUAUAUUUUUCAUCUGUGAAUGGGCAACAUGUGAUUUCAGGAAUUUCCGGACAGUCCAACCUCAUGGACUGAAGUUCACCGGCAGAAAAGACUUUUCUCAGGUAUACGUUGCCGUAAGGCUUUUAAAGCUGAAGAUGAGAGACAUGCAAAGUUCACUCCAACGCAAGAAUGACAGCCCCUCUGUAGUCACUAGCCUUCCAAACGGUCCUUUUCAUCUGAAUAACUAUUCUGGAAGGACAUCAGCUGGAAUUGUGCAUGACCUUAAAAAUCGUUCUAAGGAUGGAAAAAGUAAAGAUUUAUUAGAUCUUUUUCAAAGCCCAGGUCCUUUACAUGAUAUCAUUGUCUGUUGGUUGGAUCAACAUGAAGUGCAAAGUGGAGAAGGUUUCAAACGUCUUCAACUCCUCAUAAUAGAGCUGAUACGAUCUGGCAUUUUUUACCCUCAGGCAUAUGUGAGGCAGCUGAUUGUUGGUGGAUGUAUGGAUUGGAAUGGACCUCUGGUUGACUUAGACAGAAGGAAGAGACACCACAAGAUCUUGAAGCAACUGCCUGGUCCCUAUAUUUGUGAUGCUCUGGAAGAAGCACAAAUCAUUGAUUGGCCAGUACUUAAGGAUGCCAUGCAUAUUUACUCAAAGGAACGACACCUUGUACUUUGCCGGCUUCUUGAUCAUCAUAAAAUUCCAAAAAGUGCAAAAGCCUUGUCUUGGAAACGAAAACAUCAUUUAACCUAUGGAUGCGAUGGUGCUUCACCCCCCUCUCCCAAUCAGUGGAAAGCUUUUCUGCCAGGAUCCAGUUCAUUGUCCAGGAAAUAUGUCAACAGAGUUGCUGACCUUGAAGAACUAAAAGCUGCUAUUUCAGUGUUGUUGCAACUACCGGAUUUCUCUUCUAUAUCCACAGAUACAGGAGUUGAUGAGUCACUGGGGAGUGUUAAGAGGUCGAUUGAGUCAACUAGGAACAGGAUGGAUCUGGGAGAAGGAACACCUGGUUGUGAAGAAUGCAGAAAGGUGAAGAGACAAAAACUAAGUGAGGAUAGGAGUUCGUACCUGCAGGCACCUUCACCAAAUCCAUCAGAUGAUGAGGAAAUCUGGUGGUUGAGGAAGGGCCCUAAAUCCUUGGAGUCUUUUAAAGUGGAUCUACCUCUUAAGCCAGCCAAACAGGCCACUAGGGGUAGGCAGAAGGUUGUGCGUAAAACUCAAAGUCUUGCUCAGUUAGCGGCUGCUAGGAUUGAAGGUAGCCAGGGUGCAUCAACAAGCCACGUCUGUGACAGUAGGAUAAGCUGUCCGCAUCACAGAACUGGUGUUGAAGGAGAUGCUUCUAAAUCAAUGGAUGGAAUAAGAGUCCGUUGCGGAGAUAUUGUUUCAAUUGGAAAAGUUCUAAAGCAGUUUAGAUCUGUAGAGAAGAGGACCAUCGCAGUAUGGUUGAUAGCUGUUGUGAGCCAGCUUGUUGAAGAGACUGAAAAGACUGCUGCCAGAGUAGGCCAGUACAGUAGGCCUUUGCCUACUUCCGAUGAGCGGUGCACUGUACGAUGGAAGCUUGGAGAAGAGGAGUUAUCAGCCAUUCUAUAUCUGAUGGAUAUUUCUAAUGAAUUGGUUUCGGCUGCGAAAUUUCUCCUUUGGUUGUUGCCAAAGGUUCUUAAUAGCAAUUCUACAAUCCAUGGCGGGAGAAACAUUUCAAUGCUGCCUAGGAAUGUGGAAAACCAUGUGGGUGAAGUAGGAGAAGCAUUCCUUUUGUCAUCCAUCCGGAGGUAUGAAAAUAUACUUGUUGCAUCUGAUCUUAUUCCUGAGACCUUGUCGGCCUCAAUGCGUCGUGUUGCAACAGUUAUAGCCUCUAACGGAAGGGUUUCUGGUUCAGCAGCAUUAGGUUAUGCUCGCCAUUUGUUGAAGAAAUAUGGCAAUGUGGCUACUGUUGUUGAAUGGGAAAAGAACUUUAAGGCAAAAUGUGAUAAAAGACUUGUAUCCGAACUUGAAUCUGCAAGAUCAUUGGGCGGAGAGUAUGUUGUUCCACUUGGAGUGCCAGCAGGAGUCGAAGAUCCCGAUGAUUUUUUCCGUCAGAAGAUAAGUGGUGUUCGAGUAUCUAGAGUCGGUUUAAGCAUGAGAGAUCUAGUGCAAAGACAGGUUGAUGAAGCAAUUCACUAUCCUUAUGGCAAAGAGAGGAAGCUUUUUUCGGCUGGUGCAAUAAAAAGUCCUGCCUUGGAAAAAGGGGAUGGUGGGUAUCAGAUAGCUCAACAAAUAGUAAUGGGACUAAUGGACUGCAUUAGACAGACUGGUGGAGCCGCUCAAGAAGGAGAUCCUACUUUGGUGUCUGCUGCUAUUUCUGCAAUUGUUAGUAGCGUUGGGCAGGUUAUUGGCAAAAUGCCUGAUUUAACAGCAAGUGGCAAUCAUUUGAAUCUUCCAUCCACCACUGGUUCACUGAAUUCUGCUCGGCAUUUUUUACGCAUACAUAUAACUUGCCUAUGUCUGCUUAAGGAAGCACUUGGAGAGCGUCAAAGCCGUGUCUUUGAUAUAGCUCUUGCUACUGAAGCCUCUUCUGCCCUUGCCCAAGUUUUUACUCCUGGAAAGGCUCCUCGUAGUCAGUUUCUACCCUCUCCUGAAGCCCAUGAUUCCAAUGCAAACUUAUCCAAUGAAAUUUUAAACAAUUCUACAAAAGCAGUUCUUGGAAGAGCUUCAAAAGCUAUGGCUGCUAUUUCUGCCCUCGUUGUUGGGGCAAUUCUUCAUGGAGUUGCUAGCCUUGAGAGAAUGGUAACUGUUUUCAGAUUAAAGGAAGGAUUGGAUGUGAUUCAGUUUGUAAGGAGUCUGAGAUCCAAUUCAAAUGGGAAUGCGCGAUCCAUUGGGGCUUUUAAGGCUGAUAACUUGGUUGAAAUUUCAGUGCACUGGUUUCGGGUGCUUGUUGGGAAUUGCAGAACAGUAUCUGAUGGAUUCAUUGUGGAUCUUCUGGGUGAACCAUCUAUUGUAGCUCUCUCGAGAAUGCAGCGAACGCUUCCUCUCAACUUGGUCUUUCCUCCUGCCUAUUCUAUAUUUGCGUAUGUGAUAUGGAGGCCUUUCCUUCUUAGUGGUAGUAUUUUAACCCGCGAGGACAUCGUUCAAUUGUAUCAAUCCUUAGCACUUGCCAUAGGUGAUGCCAUAAAGCACUUGCCUUUUCGUGACGUGUGUCUUAGAGACACUAAUGGCCUUUAUGAUCUCGUAGCUGCUGAUGCCACUGACUCCGAGUAUGCGGCCAUUCUAGAAUCGAACGGUUCAGAUAUGCAUUUCAAAUCUCUGGCAUUUGUGCCUACCCGUGCAAGACUUUUUCUGAAUGCAAUAGUUGAGUGUAGCAUGCCGCAGCCAGUUGUUACACAGGAUGAUGGGAGUCGGAUUUCUGGGCAUGGUGAGUCAAAAGUCCAGUGUGGAGAAAGUGAGAGAAAGCUAGUGGAUAAGCUUGUACAUGUUUUAGAUACAUUGCAACCUGCCAAAUUUCAUUGGCAGUGGGUUGAGCUCAGGCUUCUUCUAAAUGAGCAAGCUCUGGUUGAGAAACUGGAUACUCGUGAUACCUCCUUAGUGGAGGCUAUACGCUCUCUCUCACCAGAUCCUGAUAAAUCUGCUGCUUCUGAGAAUGAGAACAACUUCAUUGAAAUCAUCCUCACAAGGUUACUGGUCAGGCCUGAUGCUGCUCCUCUUUUCUCAGAAGUGGUACAUCUUUUUGGGAGAUCACUCGAGGAUUCAAUGCUGCUGCAAGCUAAAUGGUUCUUGGGAGGCCACGAUGUUCUUUUUGGACGGAAGUCUAUUAGGCAACGGCUUAUUAAUAUUGCUGAGAGUAGAGGUCUGUCAACUAAGGCACAGUUUUGGAAACCAUGGGGCUGGUGUUCUGAUCCUGCUGCAAACAACGGAGACAAACGGAAGUCUGAAGUCAUCCCUCUUGAAGAAGGAGAGGUAGUUGAUGAAGUAACUGACUUAAAACGCCAUGCAAGAGACAUUGAAGGCUUCAUUGUCAGUCAGCAGCGUGUAACCGAGAGAGCUCUUGUUGAAUUGGUUCUCCCUUGCAUUGAUCAAAGCUCCGAUGACUCACGCAAUACUUUUGCAAGCGAUUUGAUUAAACAACUGAAUAAUAUAGAGCAACAAAUAAAUGCAGUUACCCGAGGAGCAAGUAAGCAGUCAGGAACAGUGACUUCUGGUAUUGAAGGUCCUGCUAAUAAAGCCAAUAGUCGCAAGGGUAUGAGAGGCAGCAGUCCUGGAUUAGCCAGGCGACCAACAGUGCCAGCUGAUACUGCGGCAUUGCGAGCUUCCAUGUCAUUGCGAUUGCAAUUCCUCCUUAGAUUGUUCUCUACUAUUUGGGCUGAUAGGGAGCCUUCUGCCCGUAAUAUGAGGCAUAUAUUUGCGUCCGUGGUACUUCGUCUCCUAGGAAGUAGGGUUGUGCGUGAAGAUGCAGACCACUCUAAUUUGAUGCCCAGUUCUUCGCCAAAGAGGGAGCUGGAGUCGCUGGUGGAGACUUCUGCCUCUGCUGCUGUAGGUUUUUCUGGUGAAACUCUCUUUGAAUGUUUAUUGUUGGUUCUAUAUGGGUUGUUGAGCAGCAGCCAGCCAAGUUGGCUGAAGUCGCAUUCCGAUUCCAAGUCAACAACUGAAUGUAGCAAGGAUUUUGCUGUGUUUGAUCAUGAGGUGGCAGAGAAUUUGCAGAAUGAAUUGGAUCGCAUGCAAUUGCCUGAUACGGUUCGGUGGCGAAUUCAAACUGCAAUGCCAAUUCUUUUUCCAUCGGUCCGGUGGUCAAUCUCUUGCCAACCUCCAUCUGUCUCGCCUGCUGCCCUUGCUUCUCUACAACACAACAUCCCGGUAUCUGGGCAACCAUCUGGAAAUUCGAACAUUCUGCCAAGGAAUCCAGCUUCUUUGGUGCGAACUGCCACUAGCAUAGCGGGGAAGACCAAGGCGGUGCCAUUGCAACCUGACCUUGAUAUUGAUAUUGACCCUUGGACCCUAUUGGAGGAUGGAGCAGGGUCAGGACCAUCUUCAAGUAAUGUUGCUGUUGUCGGUGCUGGUGACCCUGCUAACCUGAAAGCAUCGAGCUGGCUUAAGGGGGCUGUACGGGUGAGACGGACAGACCUCACAUACAUAGGUGCUGUGGAUGAUGACAGCUGAUCUUAUUAACUUCAUUCGUGAUUUUGUCGGAAUGAGCAACCCCUCAGAAGGUACAUUUAUCAUUCUCCCUCUCCCUGCGUCGGCUAUAAAUUACCUUUUGUUGUUGGGUGGCACCUCCUUUGAAGGGGUGUUCGGGGGUUGUGAAAGAAGGUGAUGUUCUCCCGAUGCUCGUCCGACCGGGUCUCAGACCCUGCUUGACUACUAACCCUUUCAUGAAUCCCCUCUCUCUGGACUCUCUGCACUUUGGCGCAGUUCAGAGAUUUGUUGUAUAUAUAGGGAGAAUGCUUUUAGCUUUCAUUGAGCUGACUAGUGAAUACAUCAAGGUUGAUAUCUAGUUGUUUCAUUCUCAUCAAAUAUCUUGUUACAUCUUUUGUAGAUGAACCAAGUAAAACACCUCAAGAAUGAUCUGUAUUUUCACUUCAAUAUAUCAUUGC